AUGUCUCAAGCAGAGCAGAAUGUAACUGAUCCUUUAGAGCCAGAGAAUAUCCUGGCGAUAAUGAAACAGACGUUACCAGGAAAUGGUUCACAAUCUGAGACUGAAAAUCCGGAAGCUAGUGAGAUUUUUCGUUCAAGUCAAGAUGCACUCGCAGCGUUAUUUCACUCUGUUAUGGAAGCUGUAGGUUUUCGGCUUGUUGGACUUGGUGAAGAAGAUAGUGACGGCAAUAAUGUAAAUAGAGAUUCCGAAGGCAAUAUCAUUGGCCUCCCAAACUGGUGGAAUUCUCAAGGUCCUAAUUCAUACGCCUUCCGUUAUAGGCAUCCACAAUCUUCUUUAACUUUUUUAGUCAAAUGUAUGCGGAUGGCCAAUAAAUUUUUGAUUCAUGCUAUGGGAAUUGAGGAUAAUAAAACUUGUACCCUUGAAGUGAUCACAAAUGAUUAUACUUCAUCUUCGAUUUUCCCAUAUACUGCUGAGAAACAACAUUCCGAACCUCUUGCAAAUAUAUUUAUAUCAACAAGUCGUAUUAAAGACUUAGUCAGCAUUUAUAAAAUUAAUAUCAUACAAAGAUUGAUUCCAGGAUUGCAUAAACCUGGUUAUGAAGAAGCGCGUACAAAUGACACGAGUUCUAAUUCUCAAUCUGGAAGAAGAGAACCGCAACCUGCCUCUGAUGAUCCGUUACGUAUUCCUACGCGUCAACCACCACGUUUUAGGCCACCUAUUUUUGACGAUCCUUACGGGGGUGACGAACCAUCAUCAAUCUAUAACCCUUUAAGCAUUGGACAGGACGAUCUUGAUCCCCUUGGCUCUCGUCCAAUCAUAGGUCCAAGAUUUGGUGGUGGAGCUUAUGAACCUCUUCGUGGACCAAGUCGGGGCGGUGGAAUGUACGUAGGGCCAAACCACCCAAUGUUUGAUCCACGUCCUCCAAAUAGUGGUGGAAUCUACGGUGGGCCACAAACUCUACCAAGAGGUGCAGUUCCGCCGGGUGCAAGAUUUGAUCCAAUUUCACCAUUUGGACCACAAACUGGUCGGCCCCCGGUCCGUGGCGGCGGCGGCAGAAUUUUUAGUGGAGAACCUGAUAAUGAUGAGCUGCCACCGCCCGGAUAUAAUGAUAUGUUUAUGUGA